AUGGAUCAUUUGGGAUCAUGGCGGUUUCUCAAGGUUUUCCUUCCUGCUGUUUUUGCUUUGCACCAUUUUUGCCACGCCGAGACAGCUCCAUAUUACAGUUUUGUUCAAGAAGCAACCUCAGCUCCUCUAGUCUCGUACUACGACUACAUAAUCGUUGGUGGAGGAACCGCCGGCUGUCCCUUGGCUGCAACCCUGUCGGAAAGCGCAAACGUUUUAAUUCUGGAAAGAGGAGGGUCUCCCUAUCUCGACCCUAUCAAUAAGACAGACAAAGAAAACUUCUUCCUUCCUCUUUUAGACCCCUCUCCUCAUUCAUAUGCUCAAGCAUUCGUUUCGGAGGACGGAGUCUACAACCACCAAGCCCGUGUUCUUGGCGGUGCCUCAGUCUUUAACGCAGGGUUUUACUCGCAUGCUGAAACCGAUUUCAUUAAGGAAGCUGGUUUGGAUGGAUCUUUAGUAAAUGAUUCUUACUUGUGGGUUGAGAAAAAGGUGGCAUUCAAGUCACCUGUGUUGCAAUGGCAAUCCGCAGUGAGGGAUGGGUUGCUUGAAGCUGGGGUUUUGCCGUUCAACGGAUUUACGUAUGGCCACAUCAACGGGACUAAAAUUGGUGCAUCCAUUUUUGACAUGGAUGGUCAUAGACAUAGUGCAGCAGACUUGCUCGAGUACGCUGACCCAAUGAAGAUCAAGAUUUACUUGCAUGCCACGGUGCCCAAGAUCAUGCUUAUAACAGAAAUUGGAUCACGACCAAGAGCUGAAGGGGUGAUUUUUGAAGAUGCAUUGGGAGUAAGGCAUACGGCAUUCUUGACGAAAGACUCCGAGAGCGAAAUAAUCUUAUCAGCAGGUACCAUUGGAAGCACACAGUUAUUGAUGCUGAGCGGUAUUGGGCCUGCCCAUCAACUUGAGGCACUCGGCAUCCAGGUGGUGAUGAACCAACCCAUGGUUGGCCAAGGGAUGGCCGACAAUCCAUUGAACGGUCUUUUUAUUCCUUCUCCUCUGCCCGUUGAGGUUUCACUUGUUUCGCUUGUGGGCAUAACCCAGUUUGGUAGCUAUAUUGAAGCAGGCAGUGGAUUGAAUUUGGCUCCUUCUUUGGUUCAGUGGAUUUCAAAAAGCUUGGUCACUAUUCUAAAUCAGACCGAAGCAAAGGUUAAUAGUAGCUCCCUCCUCGGUGCAAGACUCAAAGUUGGCAUCAUUAUUGAGAAAGUUAAUGGUCCCAUCUCAACAGGUCAUUUGGAGCUUCAGAGCACAAAUCCAAAUGACAUGCCGAAGGUCAUGUUUAAUUACUUCCAAGCACCAGAGGACUUGAGAAAGUGUGUGCAAGGCAUGGAAACCUUAAUAAACGUUGUAAAUUCCAAGGCUUUCUCAAAAUUUCGAUAUCCAACAAUCUCAACACAAGAUCUUCUGAAUUUGGUGGCGACGCUUCCCUUGAACCUGAGACCAAGACAUCUUAAUACAGCUACCUCUUUGGAACAGUACUGCCUAGACACUGUCAUGACCAUUUGGCAUUAUCAUGGAGGCUGCCAUGUCGGAAAGGUUGUCGAUCAAGAUUUCAGGGUCCUUGGCGUGGAUGACCUGAGGGUUAUAGAUUCUUCUACGUUUAAUUUCUCACCCGGAACUAAUCCUCAAGCUACGGUUAUGAUGCUUGGAAGAUAUAUGGGAAUAAAAAUUCAGCAAGAUAGACAUUCCUAGAGAAGGAAGUUGAAGUCCAUCCCAUGUCAUAUCAUAGCAUCAUAUUGGGGAAAAUCAAUGAAGGAAAU